CUCUGUUCUUCACACCUCUGUCUGUCUGUCUCUCUCUCUCUCUCUCUCUCUCUCGCAGUUUCUCAGUAGCCUCUCUGCCUCGCUCGCCCCUCUCUGAGCUGCUGCAAUUCGCUCGCAACUGUUUUGCUUUCUGAUUCCUGAGAAGAGAGAGAGAGGGAGAGAGGUUUAAUGCGAUGGACCUGCUGCCCACCGACUGCUAUUACUGCUGCUGCUGCUGUUUACACCGCGGCAUCAUGGGAGCUGUAGUGUCCUCGGCAGCGCAGGAGGACAGCUGAUUAGCCGGGGUAUUGUGGGCUAUCAGAGUUUGGAGAUGUGAGCUGGUGGACGGACAAGGCUCAUCAGACUCUCUCUCUUUCUUUCUGUUCUAUUUUCUUUUUCUUUUCCUUCCUCUCAUCUGCAGUUCAUUUCAUCUCUCUCACCUACUCCUCCCCCCUUUUACUCUCGCCUCCUCCUAACUUGUACCCGUACGAGGAAAAAGUCAGAAUGGGUUGUCGUCUCACUCGGACCAAGGCCAAGACUCAUGAACCUUCUCAUCACCGACACCGGGAGGAGCUGCACUUUGUGGAUGAGUAUGGCCAACCGAUCACUAUGCAGGUGGAGGCAAGGAGGGGGCAUGGUCACAGGAGGAGGCGGUCCCAUUGUACGACUGAGUGCAGCGCACCGACAGAGAGACACUGGGAGGCCCUGAGAGCUAUGGGGCUGAUGGAUGGAGGGGAAGGCCAGGGAGACGGCUACAGUGCAGGGCCUUACUAUGGUCACAUGACCGUGCCACCUGACCUAUACUCCGCCAGCAGUCGCAUGAUGAUGUCGCCUGAUGUCUAUCCACCCAAUGGCUACCUGUCCAGAUCAUUAAAUGACCAGCACCCAGGAAACAACUACCUGCCCAGCGUCUCCUACAGCUUAGAUCACCUGGACAGACUGGACUACCAGGGUCCAGAAAUGUUACCAUACCAGCCUAACUCAGAGAGCUGUCUGAUUGGCUGCUACAACACGGAAGAGGUGGAGCCUAAGGAUUUCCCCAGACAGUCCGACUAUCGCCCUCCUUGGCGGUCUGAUCGUCUUCUUGGAUACCUCCCACUGAGUGAGCUCGACAGUGGGCUGGGAUGUGGACCUGACAGCCCUCACCACAGGAUGGCUCUCUCCGAGGCCGAGACGGACGCCAUGUCGUCGCUGCCAGGUCACACCGCUUCCUCCCAAGGCUCCUCCUCUUCCUCCGAGUCCCUGAUCUCCUCUGAACCCAGUGACUCGGGCUUCCACAGCGUCAGCACCGGGGAGCACAGACGACUGCAUAAGAUUCAUGGAAGCCACGCCCACCGACAAACUCACCAUCUUCGCUCAGGCCACUCCCCUCGAGAGCAGAGAGGACGCUGGGAUUUGGAGUCCAUCCCAGAGACGUCUCAGAUGACUCACUCCGGAGCACCACAGGCGUCCCGCUGCACUGUGGGUAACAGCACGACCACAACAGUUCACUUCCACAGAGCUGAGAGGAGUCCCACCUUACCUCGCCACCGUUCCCCGCCUUCCCCUUCCAUUGGUUGUCAUACUGAGCCCUGCCAGCGGAGGGCACUGUGGUUGGAACAGCAGCAGGGAGGAGGCAGGAUAAUAGAGGCUCCGGUGCGAAGUCGAACAAUAACAGAUCUGAGUGAAGGACAACCCCGCCGCAGGGCCAGUCACCCCAACAUGGCGGAUCCAAACAGACUCCAGAACAGCCAACCGGGUACAGCCAACAACAUGCUGGGGCCGAGGAGCAGGGCCAGUUAUCCCAGCAACUCUCAUCCCACCAGUCACCUCAGCAUAGAUAGAACGAGUCUGACCAAUCAUCAGAGCAUACAGAGAAACAGCCAGGGCACAAACCGGAGCAGAGAGGAGGACUCCCUCUCUAAGAGUCCUGGAUCUGGCUCGAGCGGAGCGUCAGAAUGGCGAGGCGUUCAGACUCUCGGGAAUCGCACAGGGAACCCUAAAGGCUCCUCUGUUCCUUUCUACAGCACACUGGGAGCCCCACAACGUCCCCCUCACUCGCCGCCCUCUCCCCGCUCCAGACUGUCCAAUCAGAAGUCCGUCAGAAACCAGCUGCUCAGAGCCCGAGCUUACCGAUUGGCCAGGGAACGCAGUGAGGUCACAACAGAUGAGGAGGUGCGAGGAGAGGGCGGGAGGGAAGGCGAGGAGGAAGGGGAGGACGGCCGAUGGGCCGGGCGGUACUGGAGCCGGACCGAGAGGAGACGCCACCUGGCGCUGUCGCGGCAACACAGAGAGAGGAGAGGAGGGGGGGAGGAGCAGGCUGGGGGCCUUCAGGGGUCGCUGUCGUCUCAGACGGUGCUGGAGCUGAGCCACAUGAAGCAGAACCGACUGAGGAACAGCAAGCUGCUGGAUGAUUGGACAACAGUAGAGGAGCUGCUGACUCACGGGACACGAGUGGAGAGCGACAGCCAGCUAUGUCCCAGCCCUCUGUUAUCGGUUACUACUGUCUGACGGGAAAACCUCUGACACACAAUCCCACGGUUGGUUUCAGCUGAUUGAGGCGAAUUCUCCAAUCCAAACUCAGCAAACCUGGGUCCAGAUUCAUUAAAGGAUUACGUGAAGUGAAAAUAUGUGCACUAAAAUGACUAAAUCAGAAAGAUGAGUUUGAGUUUAACUCAAUAUUGUGGUGACAGAUCAUGAAUCUACCAAUUACAUAUAAAUCACCUUGUAUUUAACAGUGUAUCCACAGGCUUGUGUGGCAAGAACACACAGAAUCCACACACAUGACACAAGUCAGUAACUAUUGUAGUGGAUCUGGAAUCUUUUCAAAGGAAGCAUUUGUGGAAAGAGAUAAAAAUAUUGAGAUGUUUAUUAGUAACAUCUGCUAAAUUCUCUUCAACACACAGCUCCGAUCCUCGCCGGAGCAGCUGCCGUAUUGCAAAUGUUGAUAGGCUCUUACUUGUGAUGUGUAACCAAUCAGACAUUGAGCAAGACUACAGAGUGGUGAUUACAAAACCCCGGAUCAAUCCGAACCGUGGGUUUUGUAAUCCGUGGCACACGUAGUGAAGCAGCACUGAUCACUUUGUGGGGUGCGUACAUUUUGUCCUCACCGAUAAAAUUAUAUAUUUAAACCUGAAAGAGCCCACUCUGCAUGUUAUCUUCAUGUUAGCUUCGCAGCAGCAACUGUAGCGACAGUUUGCUAACGCACACCUUAGCGAACGCUAGUUACAUUACAUUCGGUGUCAUAGUUCAUUCUGUGUCAUGGUAGUUGUCAUUAAAAUGGAUCUCCCCAGAAUCGCUUACUCCUCCUGUAAUGGUAGACGCUCACAACGCGUUUUUAAUGCCAUCAUGUUUACUGUCAUUCCAAGUCUGUCCAAGUAAUCACAGCCUUCGGUGUCACAAAACAAUGCUUAUUUACUCGGAGGGUUAGAUGUUAUAUAGAAAACCCGCUAGCUAGAUGGCUCAUUAGCUCAUGUAAUGACUUACUUAAAUCAGGAAGUCUCAUUGAGGUCCAGAUCUCUUUUUCAAAAAGUGAGACAACCAAAAGCAUUCCAGAGAUAGCAUACUGUAUAAGAGCUUGUUUGCUAGCAACAGCGAGAGCCAGAGGGAGUCAAACGCAAUCAUACAGUUGAUGUGAAGGUGGAGAUCCAAAAUGAUGAGCUAAAAGAGGCAUAAAGUUGCACAGAGCUGCAGAAUAUUAGUGUCUGGUGGCCUUUUACGUUGCACAUAUGCAAUAUGAAAAUGAAAUGGAUGCUCGAGGACAUGAGCAAACAACGAAAUUAACCUCAAAUGACACAGAGAGCAUAAUUUGAUCUUUAAUUGAACUCUAAUUUCAAAUAUACAAUUAAAUUAGACUUAAACUGCAAAAUUAAUGAAUCUGGAUCUCAGUCAUGUUAUUUAUUGUCUGACAGAAAGUUCUGACUUAGGGCCCGUGUCCACCAAAGCGUUUUUUUCUGUUGAUUCCAAUAGGAGCGCCACGUUUUUCCAAGCUGGUAAAAAUGGGAAAAAAGCUGCGCUCGUCACUGUCACUUUUCACCCAGCCGUCCAAUCACAGUGCAGGAGGGGCGGGACAAACACGAACCGAGCACAUCUGAUCUUGAACGAAACGAUGCGCCUCCUCGCCUGCAAAAUAUCAUGAACCCAUGUCUGUGCUCUCAUGUUUCAGCCUUCUCUUCAUGCAGAGCAAGGGCCAGAGCAAGCAGGCCUAGUGUACUUUGUGGUGACAUUUUUACAUUCACUAAAAUUAAGUAGGCUACCCUACUUGCAACACAUCGCCUCCACGGAAAUUAUGUGUCAUAGCACAGCGUCUCGAAAAAAAAACCUGCGCCUCCAAAAGGCACCCUAGCGCUCCCAGCUAGGCGUUUUCAGAACAGCAGGUGGCGUUUUCAGCUGGACACAGACCCUUACUGUUAAUGAGCAAAGUGCUUUGAGUGGUCAGAAGACAAUAGAUUAUACGAGUACAGUCCAUUUACCAUUUACUUUGAAGUGUCUCUUCAAACAGGUCAAGAACUCCAACGGGAGAACUGAAAAACGUGGCCAAAGCUACUACUGGGGCUCAGGAGAAAAAUCACCAACAAGCUAUCGGUAUAGGUUGAACUGAACAUACAUCACAGUGUGGAAAAUCAUAAGCAACCUUGGAAAAACUGAUUUAAUCUGAACUGACUUUAAACCAACUCUACCGUCUGACAAGAACCUCUAAUCCAACACUUGCUGUAGAAACUGAGUUUCUGCAGGUUUGUACAAGUAAGAGGAAACUAAAGAGCUGCAUGAGCUUCAGACUCUGCAGCGUUAACAGACUCACAGGGUGGACCUGUUGGAUCUUUCACACACCAGACCGCCUGUGACUGGUCUGAAAUAUCACACCAUCGGUUGUGUUGCCUUGUGGAAAAGUGUCUCCAUCUCCUUUUCUGGUUUUACUGCCUUUUUUCCGUCUCUGUGCCAUAAAAUGUUAAGGUCGACUCUGAUAUUACAAAACUGUUGGGAGGUUCUGCUCGUUUUAAGCUUGUUAGAGGAUUUCUGCACCUUUAUGAUCAAACAGCCUCUAAAUCCCCUAAGACACUGUUGUUCUUUUUCAGUCGCCACUUACGCCGUUUUUUCCUGGGUGGUUUACCGUUUGAAUCUACCUGCACUCUCACAGCCUUGGAGUGUAAAUAAAUGAGACGCUUCAGAGAGACAGAAAGUCUCAGCACUGUGUGCCACUGGGUUUCUUCUAGUUGGUUCCUAGUAUUCUGCUGCAUUUAGUGAUGACAGCUGUCUGAUGAUGAUUUACACAUCUAGCAAACGAUGCUUGGCCUGGUGUGCCGUUUGUCAUGAAUUAGAAAUCACUAUUCAUUAUAUUUAAAGGAGUAGUUUGAAAUUUCUUGCAGAGAGUUAGAUAAGGACAUUGAUACCACUCUCAUGUUUGUAUGUUAAAUUCAAAGCUACAAUACAGCUUGAAUCAGUUAGCUUAGCACAACGACUGAAAGCAGGGAGAAAGUUAGCCUAAAGGCUAAUAUAUUCUUCUGGGUCGAAUGCACGCCAUAGGUACGCUGAAGUCAGACGCGCAUCUACACAGAAAUGUAACUAGAAGUUGCGGCACUGCAAGAACUGUGACUGGUUAGUUAGGUAGCAUCGCAUUUCCUCCAAACCCCCAGGAAGUGCUCCAAGCCAUUUUCUCAUUAACUUACAUAGUGAAAGAAGCAACCGUGAAACUGUGGAUAAUUUUUGUUUAAGAGUCACAACCCCACAAAAUGACCCGUUUUAAUUUCAAGAAUUUUAUCUAUUUGGUCCGAAAACAUUUGGAAAGUCUAGAAGAGCUGCACGAUUAGCAUUUUACCCACAUUCGAGUUAGCGGAGAGCUAAAGGUAGCCAGCUCGACUGGUAGAACCCAAUGGACCGCAUAUAUUGGACAGACAUAACGUGCUGGACUGGUAGGCAGAUUUUAUUUACCUUUGAGAUGGAGCUAUGCUAGCUGUUUCCCACCAUUUCCAGACUUUAUGCUUAGCUAAGCUAACCAACUGUUGGCUGUAGCUUCCUACUUAAGGCCAAUUUAUACUUCUGCACCAAGUCUAGUCGUAGGGUAUGUGCCAUCGUGAGCGUAUAUACUUUUACAAUUACCCAGCCAAAACGCUAGUGGGGUUUCUAUGUUCCACUGUGUUGAGUUUCUUCUUCUUCUUCGUUGGUGUAGGCUGCUACAAACAGUGGCGACGGAAACUGAGCAGAUCAUGUUGGAGUUGGAGUAGAUCAAUGUUGAGCAGCAGUUACCAAGAGUGAAGUUACCAAAACUCAGAAACAUGAGAAGGCGCCGGAGGAGAUGGUAUGUACGACCCUUGAACCGGUUGAGGCAGAUGACGAAGGACAAAUCGGAAAUGUGUACGAGGAAUUGCGAAUCUACCAAGUCGACCGAUCACAGUUCUUGAAGUCUGAGUCGCCGUGACGUGUCGUUACAUUUUUGGGGAGGUGCGCAUCAGGCUACCGCGCAGGCUCAACGCAGAAGCAUAAAUUGGCCUUGAGUUGACAGGUUGUUCUCAGACUUCUCAAGCAAAUAUCAUAUUGUUCUAACUUUCUCAUUCUAUUCCUUACAAUUGUUUCAGUUCCUGACAUUUGUGAAAACACACUUAACUACCUACAGUAUACCACACCUGAAGUGGUAACAGAUGAAAGAGACUUGGUACAUAUCACUAUCAUACAAAUUGGUUACAAAAUGAGAUAUCAGCAGCUACUACAACCAAAUGAUAGAACUUUUUUCAUCUACUAACUUUUAUCCAGCCUGUCAGAUUCAGUGAUGGAAUUCUGAUCGGUUUAUUCUUUCUUUUAAAAAAAAUAUCAGAUCAGAUUCUUUUAAAAUCAAGUCCGUUACCUUAUUCUAUGUGUAAAGAGUGAAGGAGUACCGGCUCACAACAACACGAGUUCAUCAGUUACCCUUAGUGGUAUUAUACACUGGGCUGCUCUAAGUAUGUAUGAUGACAGGCACCUUUGAAAGCAGUGGGUGUUUGGAUUAAUCUGAGAAAUGUUCAUCAGGGUUAAAUGUAAUAAUGUGUUAAAAUGGUGAAACUGUUCAAUGCAAUUUUGUUAAAAAUAAGAAAAUGUCACUUUAUUUUCGUAUUCUGUCAAGUUUGGGGACAUGAAAUCCUGAGGACAGUUUUCAGGUCAUGAAGUUGGACUCGUCAAAUGAAUAUAUUUAAGGGUUUCUUUUUCUAAACUAUGCUUGUGUGUGUGAGUGUGUGUGUGUGUGUGUGGUCAUGCAAGAAAAAGAAUAUAAAGUUUGAUACUAACUUGUCAGUAGUGUUUAGCCAAAGAUAGAGUGUAAUUUUGGUUUGUGGACAAUCUAGGACAGCUAUCACUGUACGACGUAAAAGUAUAUUUUAUAACCAUAUUACUUUUUAUAUGCUUUAUUUUGCCUUGAGUAGAUUACUUCUGCUUCUCGCCAACACCCUGCUAUGCUAGUGUAUGUACGUAGAUGUUAGUGUACAAGCAACUGUUAGCAUAAACAAGCUUUUUUAGCACAGUCUAAACCUAGCAUGCUAACUCCUGAUUAGCACAGAACAAGCAUUUCAAUGAUUGCCUGAAGUGUCUAUAAGUGUCUAAAGUCAUUGUCCUUCAUUUUGUCCCCAGACUGGGCUUUUAUUUUGACAAUCUCAGAGGAAAAGAUGCUCUAAAACCACAUAUAUUAUCUAAUCUGUUAAAUUAAACCUGAGUGGAUGGAGACAAAUAAUUAUGCUUGUGCAGAAUUUGAUUGACCAACAAAGAUUGACCAAAAAAUAUGAAUAAUUUUGUGAAGCAUGCAGCGAACUAACUACUUAUCUCAGCUAGUUUCAAAUGUGCAUCUAUGUGGUUUGCCAGAACCUGUGAGACCCUGACCUCUUAGAAUUAUUUAAAAAAGGGAAAUAAGUUUUUAGGUAAUGUAAUAACUGUGAUUCUUUAAAUAUUUCUUUUUUUUCAUCUAUUUGGCAAUUGUUCAAUUGUUUAACAUUUAGAGGGAAUGUGCAAUGUGCUUUCUUUUUGAGCGUUAGAUAAAAAUAUGAAUAUCAAUCUCACCUCUGUGUGUAAAGCACAGAGAUGGAGUCAGGACAUGCUUAGCCUAGCUUAGCAUAAAGACUGAAAACAGGGGUAGACAGCUAGCCUGGCUCUGUCCAAAGUUCAGAAAUUCUCCUAACAAACUACACAUUUUCACUUCCAACUCGUUAAAUCUAUAGACUCCUGAUCAAGACACCUUGGCGUGGUUUUUAACAGCCAGGGUACGCUUUUGGGUUGUUUUUGGACAUGUACGGCUCUGCGGUCAAGUUAGCAAUAAUAAAUAUGCCACUUCCUGUUAGACUGUAAAACGUCGCAAUUUGGUUAGGUUUAGUAAAAGAUCAUGGUUUGGGUUUAAAUAACUACAUUACUGACGUGACUUGAAGUAACACUUCUAAGUUAAGUAUUGCUACUUGCGUAACUUCACUGAAAUUAAUCAAUGUUGACUUUUCCCUUAGUCAUAGUUCAACGCAGUGGGGAAAGCCCUGUAGCAUAAUUUAUGAAGGCAGGUGUAGGAUAUAAAUAGCUGAAGAGUCAGAGUAAAAGGAGGUGGUUGGGGUGGACGCAGGGCCAAAAACCAGACUUUCACCCAGCUGACUGGAGUCUGUUGUUUACUUUACACAUCCAUUUAGCGUUCAUAGAUGACAGUAGGGCUUCCACAAGUGUGUUGAACUAUGGCAUUACAAACUGACACCAAGGGGUCUUGAUCAUGCGUCCUUAUGUGACGACGUGGGAGUGAGAACGCCUCUAAAGCUCACGGAUUAACAUGCCGUACCUCGUUUAUUUAAUCCAUCCGCAAACAGACAUGCAAAAAUGAUAAUUUGUAGUUGUAAGGGGGAAGUAUUUUUUGAAUGACAGUGAAUCCAUUACCUAUAUAGCGCAAGUUGCCAGAUAAAGUCAGUGAGCAUAGGUUUUGGUUUUGGUGCAUGCACGAUGGUACCAUUGUUGAAGAAAAUAUUGUGAGCCAGGUUCAGGUGUGAAGAAGUUUUGGAGAAUGAUAAAGACUUAACAUAGCAUUGUUAAGGAGACACAGUGCCAGCAGACAACAUGUGAACACGUCAAAUGCCAAUGCCAAAUCUGAAGGAUAACGUCUUUCGGUCCCUUUUAUGUUUCUGUCUUCACCCUAGUGCCUGGAGGUUUCUCUAUAAGGUCAUCUUUAGCUGGCUUUAACCUAGAACAACAAAUCUGUCUGAUCUGAUGUUUAGACUCCAAUGCUUCAUCACAUUGGAAUCUGUUACUAUCCAUGAGUUGUACUCUAAUCUGUGGAGCCAGUGAGUUCUUGUAAACAUUCUUGCAGGACUCAACCUUGUAAGAUUCCCAGAGAACACUGAGGCCCCAUCCACACUACUGCGUUUCAGAAU